AUGCGUAUUACGGAUAUAGUUGCCGUGGACAUUGAACACGAAACAAGACGAAACUGCGCCCUUCUGCCCUAUCAGCAAGUCCUCAUAGCUUUGCAAUACUAUGCGUCUGGGACAUUUCAUAUCAUUGUUGGCGAUCCUCUACAGAUAUCUCAAUCUACAGCUUGCAGAUCAAUCCAUCGUGUAUCCACUUCCCUAGCACAGAAAAUAGAUGACUUUGUGAAAUUUCCAAAUAACGCCGAGGCUCAAGGAAUUAAGGACGAGUUUUUCCAAAUAGCACAGUUCCCUGGUGUUAUCGGGUGUGUAGAUGGCACACAUGUGUGGAUUAUUUCUCCACAUGAACACAAGGUUGACUUUGUCAAUAGAAAAGGCUACCAUUCAAUCAAUGUGCAGGUGAUAUGCGAUGCAAAUGGAAAAUGGAUAAAUAUAGUUGCAAGAUGGCCUGGGUCAACUCACGACAGUCGUAUGUUACGUUCGAGUACUAUUUGGAAUAUAAUGGAAAAUGGACAAACAUCUGGCUACAUUUUAGGUGACAGUGGAUAUCCCUGCCGUAAUUGGUUGAUGACUCCUCUCCUACAACCCCAUGGUGCUGCAGAACAACGUUAUAAUUCGUCACACAAACGUACUAGGGUUUUGGUGGAGCAGAGUAUUGGAAGAUGGAAAAGACGCUUCCAUGUUCUUCAUUCUGAGAACAGAAUGAGAAAUCCCGAAAACACAUGUAGAGUGAUUGCAGCAACAGCCGUAUUACACAAUAUUGCUAUAGAUUUAAAUGAAUCACUAGUUGAUGACAUCGAACCAGGCCAACAGCAACCACACCUUUUAGAAUACCAGGGGCCACAUAAUGGACACAGAGAAAGAUCAGUGUUCAUCAACACACAUUUUAAUGACUGA